CCGUCCGCGCCUGCGCCGUGAGGAGAGCGCCAGAGGCCGUGCGCUGCGCUCGCUUGGCCCGCUCGCCGUCGUCGCGGCCGCCGCGGAAUAUCCGAUAUUAAUAAAGCAGCGGGAAGAAGAAAUAUGAAUAAGGCUCCUUCAAGGUCCAGCCCAGCACGAAGAGAGGCCUUGCCCUACGGAGAGAGAGAUGGGCGACGUGACCGCUCUCCAAACCGCCACAGCCUUCCGAGAGAAGCUCAAGAGAGCCAGAAUGGCCGAGAUUCCCGGGAUGCGCGGGUGAGAGAUGUGCGCGGCAGCGGCAGAGAGCCGAGAGACUUCCGGGACCCCAGAGACCUGAGGGAUCCCCGGGACACCCGAGAGCCGCUCUACGAACGGUACGGGGAGCCUCCCUACAGGCGAGAGGAGGGCUAUGACCGCUAUGCGCGCCCAGACGACUAUUACCGGAGGAAGGAUGACCAGUACUACGACCGCUACCGAGACCAGUUGGACAGACCCACCUUGAGCACUGAAGAGCGCAUGAAGCGGGAGGAGCGGCGGCGGGAAGAGCUGUAUCGCCAGUUCUUUGAGGACAUCAAGCGGCGCAUUGAUUCGGAGCGGCCGGUGGACUGCUCAGUGAUUGUGGUCAACAAGCAGACCAAGGAGUACGCGGAGUCCGUGGGGCGCAAGGUGCGCGAUCUUGGCAUGAUGGUGGACCUGAUCUUCCUCAACUCGGAGAUGUCUUUGCAGCAAGCCCUGGACGACGUGAGCAGAGGGGGCUCUGCCUUUGCCAUUGUCAUCACCCAGCAGCACCAGAUUCACCACUCCUGCACCGUCAACAUCAUGUUUGGCACCCCGCAAGAGCACAGGAACAUGCCGCAGGCGGACGCCAUGGUGCUGGUGGCGAGGAACUACGAGCGCUACAAGACGGAGAUCCGGGAGAAGGAGCGUGAGGUGAUCGCCAGGCAGGCCGCCAAGAUGGCCGACGAAACCAUUCUGCAGGAGCGGGAACGCCCCCAGCAGGGGGAAGAGGGGCUCCGCGGGGGCCACCCCCCGGGCAUCCAGACGCUCCUGAACUUGCUGUGCGACAACCGCUACCUGACCUCCGAGGAGACGGACAAAAUCAUCAACUACCUGAGGGAGCGCAAGGAGCGGCAGCUGAGAGCCACCACGGACUCCCAUCCAGCUUCGCACACCCGGCAGCCCCUCGGAGCCUCUUCCGGGUCCUCUCUGGGCACCUCGGCCAGCCUGAGCAGCACCCAAAGCUCGCAGGCCCACUCCUCGGCCCCCUCGGCCCCCGUGGCCUCGACCCCCCAGCAGGAGCUGCAGGCCAAGAUCCUUAGCCUUUUCAACAGCGGGGCAGCCAUGGCCACGGCCAACAGUGGCUCGGCCACGGGAACCUCCCAGAACACCGGCUUCCCCGCGGGGCCCAGCGCGCAGAACCGGCCCAGCACCACCGGCAGCGGAUUGGGCCAGCCUCAGCAGCGGGCCCCGGCCCAGGGCCCUCAGUUUUCCAGCCACGGGGGUCCCACCAGGGGAGCAGGCCCUCGGGCCGCAGCUCCCCAGGCCUCGCAGCCGCUCUACCAGAACCGCCCGCCGGCCCCCAGCAACGCUUCCGCCUCCAGGCCGGCGCCGUCUUCCGGGAUCAACUUUGACAACCCCAGCGUGCAGAAGGCCCUGGACACGCUGAUCCAGAGCGGGCCGGCCCUCACGCACCUGGUGAACCAGACUGUGGGGCAGGCGCGGCCCCCCCCCUCCUCCCAGCAGCAGCUGGGCUCCUACCAUAGGCAUUACUGAGGCCAAGGGCAGCUCUCUCCUGCCUCCUCCCCCCAAGGCUCCCCGUUGUGCAUGCCCCUUCCCGUGCCCACCCUCCAGGAGGCC